AUGGAGCGCUCAAAACAGAGUCACGACAAUCAAGAUGACAGUAGACCGACAACAAACGAAAGUUCUCUAAACGGACACUUUGACGGCUUGGUAAAAAAAGACACCCGGAAUGUGGGAUGUCAAGGGACUGCCGGUGAGUCGAGUUCGCACACAGGGUCGUCAGUCGUGGAAAGCUGGAAGCAUGAGCGCACCCGAAGUAUAGAAGACAACGAGAUGAGCUUGCCUAGUCUGGCAGCUGCCUACACCACUAUUAUCCGUGGGCUCGGAGAAGACCCGCAAAGACAGGGACUUCUCAAAACUCCGUGGAGAGCCGCGACUGCGAUGCAGUUCUUCACAAAGGGCUACCAGGAGAAAAUAAUAGGUGAGUCAGUUCAGAAUGCCCUUUUCCUAAGUUGUCAACACUCAAAUAUUGUCAACAAUUUCAUAUGUUGUCAAAAAAAGUGACAUGGAUCAUAAAUUUCACCUUUUAAUUUACCUGAGAUUUACAGGUGGUAUUUAGAUGUCAUUGACUUGGUUACCUAACUCUCAUCUAAGACCUCUGUUUUGAGAGGAUAAAUAUGCUAAUAUAACAUUUAUGGUGCUGAUCUGACCAUUACGCAUCUAUAUAUAUAUACUGAACAAAAAUAUAAACGCAACAUGCAACCAUUUAAAAGAUUUUACUGAGUUACAGUUCAUAUAAGGAAAUCAGUCAAUUGAAAUAAAUAAAUGAGGCCCUAAUCUAUAGAUUUCACAUGACUGGGAAUACAGAUAUGCGUCUGUUGGUCACAGGUAGGGGCGUGGAUCAGAAAACCAGUCAGUAUCUGUUGUGACCACCAUUUGCCUCAUGCAGAGCGACACAUCUCCUUCGCAUAGAGUUGAUCAGGCUGUUGAUUGUGGCCUGUGGAAUGUUGUCCCACUCCUCUUCAAUGGUUGUGCGAAGUUGCUGUAUAUUGGCGGGAACUGGAACACGCUGUUGUACACUUGGAUCCAGAGCAUCCCAAACAUGCUCAAUGGGUGACAUGUCUGAUGAGUAUGCAGGCCCUGGAAAAACUUCAGCAUCCAGGAAUUGUGUACAGAUCCUUGCGACAUGGGGCCGUGCAUUGUCAUGCUGAAACAUGAGGUGAUGGUGGAGGAUGAAUGGCACGACAAUGGGCCUCAGGAUCUUGUCACGGUAUCUUUGUGCAUUCAAAUUUCCAUCGAUAAAAUGCAAUUGUGUUCGAUGUCCGUGUUAUGCCUGCCCAUACCAUAACCCCACCGCCACCAUGGGGCACUCUGUUCACAACGUUGACAUCCCCAAACCAUUCGCCAACACAACGCCAUACACGUGAAAUGUUCACUCACAGGGAUGUAAUCAAAUUUGUGCACAAUGUUUUUGAGAAAUAAACUUUUUGUGCACAUUGGAACAUUUCUGGGAACUUUUCAGGUCAUGAAAAAUGGGACCAACAUUUUACAUGUUGCGUUUAUAUUUUUGUUCAGUGUAUAUAUAUAUAUAUAAACACUCACAGGACAAAACUUUGCUGAGUUGCACAAUGUUCUAUACAAUGUUCAGUAUAAGAGCUACAGAAUUGUAAAUAAUUAUUGGCACUGGAGAGACCGAAUUCACUCAAAUAAUAAUCAUAAUAAUAUUAAAUUGACCAAUGACCAUUGUAUGUGAUUUAGGCAGUCAAGUAUAAAAAGAGUGCAUAAAGAAGGAAGGAUGCACAGUUUAUUAUGUUCAUCAAGUAGCCUAACCCUACUAGAAAUAUGGUGUUGUAUCUAAUAUUCUCAAUUGUUGCACUUUCCCCCAUCCGUCUGUGAAAUCCCCCUUUCUACGCAAUAUCCCCAUCCUUACAAAAUAAAUCACGUGCACAUCCAGGCUCAACAAAUCCCCUGGUUAUCCUGACCAAACCAUAUUGGUUCCUUUUUCCACAGUUGGGACUGUUUUAGUGGUGGAGCUGGGGAGCUGCCCCUCACAAUAUUAUUACCCCUCACCCUCCAUUCCUCCUCCUCCUCCAACCUCCUCCUCCUCCUCCUCCUCCUCCUCCUCCUCCUCCUCCUCCUCCCCCUCUCAUCUGGAGUUGGUUUCAUGUGGAGCACUUUGAGGUUCAGUGUAAUACAUUUUGAGAGAGAGACACACACAAGGAAUGUGUUAGUAGCACUCUCUCACUCUCCCUAGCUGAAAAACAUGCAUCUGGAAUAGCUUGAGAAUGCUUGGACCCUGCCUGGUCUAUAUGUAUGUACUCAAUGUUCUUUCCCCCUUGUUUGAGGUAUGUGUUGUUUGGGUGGGGGGUGGUAUGGGAACGUGAGGGGGCGAACCAAACUGUAAACACGCAAAACGUGAAGAGUCAUGAUGAUAUAAUGUGUGUGUUCAGCACAGACAUCAGUUGUGGUCUUCUCCCCCUUUUUGAUUGGCUCUUAUUUUGCACCACCCCUUUGUUUAAGCGUGCAAUGCGGGAGCUUGCACAUGCCAUGCGUGUCGUGCGUGUGUAUGUGUGUGUGCACAUGUGUGUCUUCAUGUGUGUCUUCAAUAGGGCCGGGACUAUACCAGUAUCGCAAUACGCGUUAGUAUCGUGGCAAGGAAACAAAACAGUGUAAUGGGAAACAAACAUCAUUAUGUUGUCAUCCAGAGUCACAUUUAUUUAUUUUCCAAGCUAUAGCACACAAUAUUGAAAAUACAGCAGGUUUUUAAAGGAGCAAAGAAUUUGGUCUGCUUCGUGUAAUUUUUUUGGUCAUGUUUUUUUUUUAGAUACUGGUGUCGUCCCGGCCCUAGUCUUCAUGUGUGCAUGUGUGUGUUUGUGUGUGUUUGUGUGUGUGCAUAUGAGUGACUCAUGGAUGAGUGCCCAGGGCAUACAGUGAGUGUGAAUAAUGCAGGACUGGGUCUUCUUACUCCUACAGUGGACACACACACACACUCUCUUUGUAAAAAUUCUCACUUAGUCACAGAAUUUCCAUUAAAAUCCCUUGAUGCUGACCAAGACUUGUCAUUUCCAUGUGCUAAUAAAAACAUUCACUCAUGUUUGAUGUGCAAGACAGGGUGUGUAAAGUAAUGAAAAUCUAGCCCUAUGAUGCUCUCUGUCCUUAUUCUUUUCAUAUAGUGCAUUAUACAGUUUGGUUUAUAAGGCCUGGUCAUAAUGCCCUAUGAAUCUAGUUGCUUAUUCAUUGUUUAUCUAUAUGCUUAUGAGCAGUUAUUAGCACCUAUGUCAUGCAUGAUGCAUAGCUCAUAAGGUGUUAUAAAUGUGCUUAUAAUACAUUAUGAAGUGGGUAUUCAUAGGAAGUGUUACUGUUCAUAUUUAUAUGUGAUGCUAUGUGCUUAUAAUGCAUUAUGAAGAUGGUAUUCAUGUGUUACUGUUCAUAUUUAUGUAUGAUGCUAUGCGCUUAUAAAGCAUUAUUUAGAAAUUAUUCAUAGAAAGUGUUACCGUUUAUAUUUAUGUAUGAUGCUAUCAACAAACAUGACAUUCCAAGAAAAACCUGAAUGACAGAUCCUUCAGAACUGCAUUUGAACAGAGGCGGUAAGCAAUAUGCAUGGUCCCUCCUUUCACCUAAUUAGGAGGUAUCCUUCCAUGUGGACUAGGAGCCAUUCAUUGAGAAUGAGUGGGAGGAUGUGUAAUACUGUCAUUAUCUCAGUCACUUGGGAAGAGUGGCCUCAAGCCUUUCAUGUCCUCAUUAGGUGUUGACGUGAAGGGGCAGGGGGAGGACAGCACUCCUUCAGGGGGUUGAGAUAGAGAAAGACAAAGGGAAACGGAUAGACAGGAGAGAGCAAGACAGGGAAAGGGAGAGACUGUGAAAUGGGCACGGAGAGGAGAGGAGAGGAUGAGAGGGAAAGGGAGAGACUGUGAAAUGGGCACGGAGAGGAGAGGAGAGGAUGAGAGGGAAAGGGAGAGCGUGAGAAAGCUGAGUGCGCGCCAACACGGCCACCAGCUCUCUCAACCCCUCUGCUUGACAUCGAACAAUUUGAGGGGUAACCAUAGAGACUCAUUGUGUGUGUAUGUGGUUGUUUGUGUAGGUGUCAUAAUGUUUGUGGUUGUGUGUGUGCAUGUGUGCCUGCGUGCGUGUGUGUGUUUGUGAUUGUGUGUGUUUGUCGUAGAUGAUUUGGGGAGAUGCUGAUUUGGUUUCCUGUUCUUUUCCUGUGGCCCUGUCACGUGACAUGCAGUGUGUGUGUGUGUGUGUGUGUGUGUGUGUGUGUGUGUGUGUGUGUGUGUAUGUGUGCGUGCGCGUACAGUGCCUAAAGAAAGUAUUCAGACCCCUUGACCUUUUCCACAUUUUGUUAUGUUACAGCCUUAUUCUAAAAUGGAGUAAAUACAAAAAAAUCCUCGGCAAUCUACACACUAUACCCCAUAAUAACAAAGAGAAAACAGUUUUUUGAAAUCUUUGCAAAUUUAUUCAAAUAAAAAAAAGGAAAACCUUAUUUACAUAAGUAUUGAGCCCCUUUGCUAUGAGAAUCGAAAUUGAGCUCAGCUGCACAGAACCCACUCACAUACACUACAUUCGCCCACACACGCAUACCGACACGCACACACACUUUUACACUCAUCAUUUGCUGCUGCUACUCUGUUCUUUAUUGUACUCUUAUUAUUAUUAUCUAUCCUGAUGCCUAGUCACUUUACCCUGCCUUCAUGUACAGUGCAUUCGGAAAGUAUUCAGACCCCUUGACUUUUUCCACAUUUUGUUACGUUACAGCCUUAUUCUAAAAUGGAUUAAAUAGGUUUUUUCCCUCAUCAAUCUACACACAAUACCCCAUAAUGACAAAGCGAAAACAUGUUUUUAGAAAUUUUUGCAAAUGUAUAUAAAACAAAUAAUAAUAAUUUUUAUAUAAGUAUUCAGACCCUUUGCUAUGAGACUCGAAAUUGAGCUCAGGUGCAUCCUGUUUCCAUUGAUCAUCCUUGAUGUUUCUACAACUUGAUUAGAGUCCACCUGUGGUAAAUUCAAUUGAUUGGACAUGAUUUGGAAAGGCACACACCUGUCUAUAUAAGGUCCCACAGUUGACAGUGCAUGUCAGAACAAAAGCCAUGAGGUCGAGACAGGAUUGUGUCGAGGCACAGAUCUGGGGAAGGGUACCAAAAAAAUCCUGCUGCAUUAAAGGUCCCCAAGAACACAGUGACCUUCAUUAUUCUUAAAUGGAAAAUGUUUGGAACCACCAAGAUUAUUCCUAGAGCUGGCCGCCCGGCCAAACUGAGCAAUCGGGGGAGAAUGGCCUUGGUCAGGGAGGUAACCAAGAACCUGAUGGUCACUCUAACAGAGCUCCAGAGUUCCUCUGUGGAGAUGGGAGAACCUUCCAGAAGGACAACCAUAUCUGCAGCACUCCACCAAUCAGGCCUUUAUGGUAGAGUGGCCAGACGGAAGCCACUCCUCAGUAAAAGGCACAUGAAAGGCCGCUUGGAGUUUGCCAAAAGGCACCUAAAGGACUCUCAGACCAUGAGAAACAAGAUUCUCUGGUCUGAUGAAACCAAGAUUGAACUCUUUGGCCUGAAUGCCAAGAGUCACGUCUGGAGGAAACCUGGCACCAUCCCUACGGUGAAGCAUGGUGGUGGCAGCAUCAUGCUGUGGGCAUGUUUUUCAGAGGCAGGGACUGGGAGACUAGUCAGGAUCGAGGCAAAGAUGAACGGAGCAAAGUACAGAGAGAUCCUUGAUGAAAACCUGCUCCAGAGCGCUCAGGACCUCAGACUGGGGGCAAAGGUUCACCUUCCAACAGGACAACGACCCUAAGCACACAGCCUUUACAAUGCAGGAGUGGCUUCGGGACAAGUCUCAAUGUCCUUGAGUGGUCCAGCUAGAGCCCGGACAUGAACCCGAUCGAACAUCUCUGGAGAGACCUGAAAAUAGCUGUGCAGCAACGCUCCCCAUCCAACCUGACAGAGCUUGAGAGGAUCUGCAGAGAUGAAUGGGAGAAACUCUCCAAAUAUAGGUGUGCCAAGCUUCAUACCCAAGAAGACAAUGCGGUAAUCACUGCCAAAGGUGCUUCAACAAAGUAUUGAGUAAAGGGUCUGAAUACUUAUGUAAAUGUGAUAUUUCAGUUUUUUAUUUUUAAUAAAUUAGCAAAGAUUUCUAAAAAGCAGUUUUUGCUUUGUCAUUAUGGGGUAUUGUGUGUAAAUUGAUGAGGUGAAAAUAAGCUAUUUAAUCCAUUUUAGAAUAAGGCUGUAACGUAACAAAAUGUUGAAAAACUAAAGGGGUCUGAAUACUUUCUGAAGGCACUGUAUGUGUGUGUGAGCGCAUGUGUGUAUGUUGAGUGAGGUGGGGGUGUUUGUAGAGGACCAGACUGGUGACGGGUAACUGCUCUCUGAACAGCUGCUGCCCUCAGGUUGGAGAGACGGUCUGGGGAAGAUGCUCCAUUCAUCAGUAGGGACAUUUGUAGAACUGCUCGAGUAGCACUGUUCCUUUAAGCACUGUCAAAGAUUAUAAUCGAUUGAUAACAAUGUACUUAAUGACUCCCUUCUUAUCUACUGAAUGUACGUGUCAGAGAGCAGUAAAUCUAUUAAAUUCAUGCCAAAGACCUGUGUCAGUCAACUAAAACUUUUCAACUUGAAUUGUCAAUGAAGGAAAACAUUAUAAAUCGUUAUUGCCCCAUUAUUGAUUGCAUAUACAAUGCCUUCAGAAAGUUUUCACACCUAUACACAAUACCCCAUAAUGUCAAAGUGGAAUUAUGCUUUUAGAAUUUUUUACUAAUUAAUAACAAAUGAAAAGCUGAAAUGUCUUGAGUCAAUAAGUAUUCAACCCCUUUGUUAUGGCAAGCCUAAAUAAGUUCAGGAGUAAAAAUUUGCUUAACAAGUCACAUAAUAAGUUACCCACACAUACAAUUAUCUGUAAGAUCACUCAGUUGAGUAUUGAAUUUCUAUCAUAGAUUCAACCACAAAGACCAGGGAGUUUUUACAAUGCCUCGCAAAGAAGGGCACCUAUUGGUAGAUGAAAAAAACAAAACAAGAAAACAGACAUGUCAAAUCGGAAGGCCUGUUGUCUGGACCUAUGGCAGUCUCUAUGGGGGUGCCACAGGGUUCAAUUCUUGGGCCGACUCUUUUCUCCGUGUAUAUCAAUGAUGUCGCUCUUGCUGCUGGUGACUCUCAGAUCCACCUCUACGCAGACGACACCAUUUUGUAUACAUCUGGCCCUUCAUUGGACACUGUGUUAACAAACCUCCAAACGAGCUUCAAUGCCAUACAACACUCCUUCAGUAGCCUCCAACUGCUCUUAAACACUAGUAAAACUAAAUGCAUGCUCUUCAAUCGAACGCUGCUGGCACCCGCCCACCCGACUAGAAUCACCACUCUCGACGGGUCUGACCUAGAGUAUGUGGACAACUACAAAUACCUAGGUGUCUGGUUAGACUGUAAACUCUCCUUCCAGACUCACAUUAAGAAUCUCCAAUCCAAAGUUAAAUCUAGAAUCGGCUUCCUAUUUCGCAACAAAGCCUCCUUCACUCAUGCUGCCAAACAUGCCCUCGUAAAACUGACUAUCCUACCGAUCCUUGACUUCGGCAAUGUCAUUUACAAAAUAGCCUCCAACACUCUACUCAGCAAAUUGGAUGUAGUCUAUCACAGUGCCAUCCGUUUUGUCUCCAAAGCCCCAUACACUACCCACCACUGUGACCUGUACGCUCUUGUUGGCUGGUCCUCACUACAUGUUCGUCGUCAAACCCACUGGCUCCAGGCCAUCUAUAAAUCACUGCUAGGCAAAUCCCCGCCUUAUCUUAGCUCAUUGGUCACCAUAGCAGCACCCACCCGUAGUCUGCGCUCCAGCAGGUAUAUCUCACUGGUCAUUCCCAAAGCCAACACCUCCUUUGGCCGCCAUUCCUUCCAGUUCUCUGCUGCCAAUGACUGGAACGAAUUGCAAAAAUCUCUGAAGCUGGAGACUCUUAUCUCCCUCACUAACUUUAAGCAUCAGUUGUCAGCGCACCUUACCGAUCACUGCACCUGUACACAGCCCAUCUGAAAUUAGCCCACCCAACUACCUCAUCCCUAUAUUGUUAUUUAUUUUGCUCUUUUGCACCCCAGUAUCUCUAUUUGCACAUAAUCUCUUGCACAUCUAGCAUUCCAGUGUUAAUAUUAAUUGUAAUUAUUUUGCACUAUAGCCUAUUUAUUGCCUUACCUCCAUAACUUGCUACAUUUGCACACACUGUAUAUAUAUUUUCUGUUGUAUUUUUUGACUUUAUGUUUUUUUUACCCCAUAUGUAACUCUGUGUUGUUGUUUUUAUCGCACUGCUUUGCUUUAUCUUGGCCAGGUCGCAGUUGUAAAUGAGAACUUGUUCUCAACUGGCUUACCUGGUUAAAUAAAGGUGAAAUAAAAUAAAUAAAAAACAUUAAACAUCCCAUUGAGCAUGGUGAAGUUAUUCAUUACACUUUGGUGGUUGCAUCAUGUUAUGGGUAUGCUUAUAAUCAUUAAGGACUGGGGAGCUUUUCAGGAUAAAAAAUCUAUGUAAUGGAGCUAAGCACAGACACAAUCCUAGAGGAAAACCUGGUUCAGUCUGCUUUCCACCAGACACUGGGAGAUGAAUUCACCUUUCAGCAGGACUAUAACCUAAAACACAAGGCCAAAUCUACACUGGAGUUGCUUACAAAGAAGACAGUGAACAAUCCUGAGUGGCCGAGUUAGAGGUUUGACUUAAAUCUACUUGACAAUCUAUGGCAAGACCUGAAAAUGGUUGUCUAGCAAUGAUCAACAACAAAUUUGACAGAGCUUGAAGAAUUUUGAUAAAAUAAUCAGCAAAUGUUGCACAAUCCAGGUGUGGAAAGCUCUUAGAGACUUACCCAGAAAGUUUCACAGCUGUCAUCGCUGCAAAAGGUGCUUCUACACAGUAUUGACAGCGUUGUGAAUACUUACAGUGGGGAGAACAAGUAUUUGAUACACUGCCGAUUUUGCAGGUUUUCCUACUUACAAAGCAUGUAGAGGUCUGUAAGUUUUAUCAUAGGUACACUUCAACUGUGAGAGACGGAAUCUAAAACAAAAAUCCAGAAAAUCACAUUGUAUGAUUUUUAAGUAAUGAAUUUACAUUUUAUUGCAUGACAUAAGUAUUUGAUCACCUACCAACCAGUAAGAAUUCCGGCUCUCACAGACCUGUUAGUUUUUCUUUAAGAAGCCCUCCUGUUCUCCACUCAUUACCUGUAUUAACUGCACCUGUUUGAACUCAUUACCUGUAUAAAAGACACCUGUCCACACACUCAAUCAAACAGACUCCAACCUCUUCACAAUGGCCAAGACCAGAGAGCUGUGUAAGGACAUCAGGGAUAAAAUUGUAGACCUGCACAAGGCUGGGAUGGGCUACAGGACAAUAGGCAAGCAGCUUGGUGAGAAGGCAACAACUGUUGGUGCAAUUAUUAGAAAAUGGAAGAAGUUCAAGAUGACGGUCAAUCACCUUCGGUCUGGGGCUCCAUGCAAGAUCUCACCUCGUGGGCCAUCAAUGAUGUUGAGGAAGGUGAGGGAUCAGCCCAGAACUACACGGCAGGACCUGGUCAAUGACCUGAAGAGAGCUGGGACCACAGUCUCAAAGAAAACCAUUAGUAACACACUACACCGUCAUGGAUUAAAAUCCUGCAGCGCACGCAAGGUCCCCCUGCUCAAGCCAGCGCAUGUCCAGGCCCAUCUGAAGUUUGCCAAUGACCAUCUGGAUGAUCCAGAGGAGGAAUGGGAGAAGGUCAUGUGGUCUGAUGAGACAAAAAUAGAGCUUUUUGGUCUAAACUCCACUCGCCGUGUUUGGAGGAAGAAGAAGGAUGAGUACAACCCCAAGAACACCAUCCCAACCAUGAAGCAUGGAGGUGGAAACAUCAUUCUACGGACAGGACGACUGCACCGUAUUGAGGGGAGGAUGGAUGGGGCCAUGUAUCGCGAGAUCUUGGCCAACAACCUCCUUCCCUCAGUAAGAGCAUUGAAGAUAGGUCGUGGCUGGGUCUUCCAGCAUGACAACGACCUGAAACACACAGCCAGGGUAACUAAGGAGUGGCUCCGUAAGAAGCAUCUCAAGGUCCUGGAGUGGCCUAGCCAGUCUCCAGACCUGAACCCAAUAGAAAAUCUUUGGAGGGAGCUGAAAGUCGAUAUUGCCAAGCGACAGCCCCGAAACCUGAAGGAUCCGGAGAAGGUCUGUAUGGAGGAAUUGGCCAAAAUCCCUGCUGCAGUGUGUGCAAACCUGGUCAAGACCUACAGGAAAGGUAUGAUCUCUGUAAUUACAAACAAAGGUUUCUGUACCAAAUAUUAAGUUCUGCUUUUCUGAUGUAUCAAAUACUUAUGUCAUGCAAUAAAAUGCAAAUUAAUUACUUAAAAAUCAUACAAUGUGAUUUUCUUGGAUGUUUGUUUUAGAUUCCGUCUCUCACAGUUGAAGUGUACCUAUGAUAAAAAUUACAGACCUCUACAUGCUUUGUAAGUAGGGAAACUUGCAAAAUCAGCAGUGUAUCAAAUACUUGUUCUCCCCACUGUAUGUAAAUGAGAUACUUCUGUAUUUCAUGUUCAAUACAUUUGCAGAAAUGUCUAAAAACAUAUGUUCACUUUGUCAUUAUUGUGUGUAGAUGGAUGAAAGAAAAGAAAACAAUUUAAACCAUUUUGAAUUCAGGCUGUAACACAACAAAAUGUGGAAUAAGUCAAGGUAUAUGAAUAAACUGAAGGCAUUGUAGGUCUAAACAUGCAUAGUCUGUUAUCGAAAAAUGGUUAGAUGGUGUUGACUGACUUAUCACACCCUACGAUGUAUGGAGAACCUCUUACAGUUUUUAUCUUGUUGUUGUUAGUUUACCCAGUGAUCUCAUUGUCAUGGCGCCCAAACCUGGCAGCUGCUGCUCAUUCAGGCAACGAGACGACAACACAGGGCCCUGAAGCAACAAGUCAGACAGUUGGCUUACCACAGACAAUUUUCCUCCCACCCCAACCUCCGUAGAUAGGCGGCCAGGAAAUUAAAAACCUCCGUCAGGGAGAAAGGAUAAAAACCCUUGGAUUUAUUUGAACAAUGAUAUGAGCUCCGCUAUGAGGGAAAAUGAAAUAAAAUGACAAACAGGAAGAGCGGUAGGCCUAUAUGGGGUCGAGACAUAAUUACAGUGUUUGCCAGAGAGAAACAACAGGCAUACAGUGCCUUGAAAAAGUAUUUGCCCCCUUUCUUAUUUUCAAUUGUUUUGCAUAUUUCUGACACUGAAUGUUAUCAGAUUUUCAACCAAAACCUAAUAUUAGAUAAAUGGAACCUGUGUGAUCAAAUAAGACAAUGUUGAUACUUAUUUCAUUUAUUUAACAAAGUUAUGUAACACCCAAUGCCACUGUGUGAAAAAGCAAUUGCCCCCUUACACUCAAUAACUGGUUGUGCCACCUUUAGCUGCAAUGACUGCAACCAAACGCUUACUGUAGAUGUUGAUCAGUCUCUCACAUCCCUGUGGAGGAAUUUUGGCCCACUCUUCCACGCUGAACUGCUUUAACUCAGCGACAUUUGUGGGUUUUUGAGCAUGAACCUCUCGUUUCAGGAGGUCCUGCCGCAACAUCUCAAUUGGAUUUAGGUCUAGACUUUGACUUGGCCAUUCCAGAACCUUGAAUUUGUUGCUUUUCAGCCAUUCUAAUGUAGACUUGCUUGUGUUUUGGAUCAUUGUCUUGCUGCAUGACCCAGCUGCGCUUCAGCUUCAGCUCACGGAUGGAUGGCCUGACAUUCUCCCUGGAUGGGAGACCAGAUGCUGCUGGAAGUGGUGUUGGAGGGCCAAUGUCUCUGGUCUAACAAAAUGAUCCCAAUGCCCCAGGACAUUGCCCUGUGUAAGGUGCUGUCUUUCAGAUGGGACGUUAAACGGAUGUCCUAACUCUCUGUGGUCACUAAAGAUCCCAUGGCACUUAUCGUAAGAGUAGGAGUGUUAACCCUGGUGUCCUGGCUAAAUUCCCAAUCAGGCCCUCAUACCAUCAUGGCCACCUAAUCAUCCCCGGCUUCCAUUUGGCUCAUUCAUCCCCCCUCCUCUCCCCUGUAACCAUUCCCCAGGUCAUUGCUGUAUAUGAGAAUGUGUUCUCAGUCAACUUACUUGGUAAAUAAGGGUUAAAUAAAUAAAAUAAAAAUAGAGCGCUACCAUUAGGUACAUUUAUUUAGAUUUUGGAACAGUGACAUAUUUCAAACAUAUACUUUCAAAUAUUUUAUUCCCCAACAUGGGGACAAUUGGGGGUUUUGCCUUGUGAAAGCCUAACACUGUAAGAUCGUAUUUUAUUACUUAGCUAGUCAUCUUGGCAGUAGAACACGCUUUCAAAUCAUGCCCACCUGACCCAGAUUGCGAUUUAUAAUAGACAUUUUUUUAAUUGUGUAAUUGUGUGAUGGCACUGAUGUAGGGUUGUGUUCCAAAUGAAACAACUUAAUAAUAUAAUAAUAAUAAAAUGCCAUUUAGCAGACGCCUUUAUCCAAAGCGACUUACAGUCAUGUGUGCAUCAAUUUUUACUUAUGGGUGGUCCCGGGGAUUGAACCCACUACCCUGGCGUUACAAGCGCCAUGCUCUACAGAGGACCACACAACUUCAAGUGUAGUUGCUCUAGUUCCUCAACGGCACAGCUAGGAGAGCUCAAAAAAGUACCUUAUAGUUGAAGACUUUUCUUUGAGUCAUAAAAGUGCAUUGAAAUUGAUUAGAGACUGUGCACACUUUGGAGAUGUGUGUGGCCACUUGGAGACACCAGUUAGUCCUCUCACUCAAACCCUUGUAAUUGUUUUGGUCUUAUGUUGCACCUACUCCACAUUUUCCAGGAAUAGUCUUAUCAUGGUACUGAAUGUAUCUAGAUUAUUUUCAGAUUUCUUUAUCAACAAAUGUGGCGAAAAGUACAUUAAAUGUAAAAUGCACAUAAAGUCAACAGUGUAAUGUUUGGAUUCAGUCUUGUCAGGUGAACUGUUGUGUACUCACCUUUGGUUUAAUAAUUUGCCCAUUAUCUCCAAACUAUUCCCUUUCAAAUGCUACCAUGAUUAUGCAUAUGCUUUUCAUAUUUCUUCUGUAAGAAACCUUUCAAUUUAGCCCUAUCCAUAUGGGCCAAUUCCCACGAGUGUAAAGGGUUAAAGAAGUUCUGCAGGGCUCUACGCUGACCUUUUUUACAAGGAGCACGUGAAAAAUAGAGGUGCACACAAAGAAAUUAAGGAUCACAAUAAAAAAUAUUUGCGAUAUUAAAGCUAGAAUCUUUAAUUUUUCUAGGCGCACUGGUGCUCCUAAACUAAAAUUCCAGGUCGCACAGUAAAAUAUUUACACUACUGUUGAAAAGUUUGGGGUCACUUAGAAAUGUCCUUGUUUUCGAAAGAAAAACAUUUUUUUUGUCCAUUAAAAUAACAUCAAAUUGAUCAGAAAUACAAUGUAGACAUUGUUAAUGUUGUAAAUGGCUAUUGUAGCUGGAAACGGCUGAUUUUUAAUGGACUAUUUUAAAAGUCAUAUCUCAGACUGCCCAUCUUAAUCUUUUAUUUUUAUUGGCCAGUCUGAGAUAUGGCUUUUUCUUUGCAACUCUGCCUAGAAGGUCAGCAUCCCGGAGUAGCCUCUUCACUGUUGACGUUGAGACUGGAGUUUUGCGGGUACUAUUUAAUGAAGCUGCCAGUUGAGGACCUGUGAGGCGUCUGUUUCUCAAACUAGACACUCUAAUGUAUUUGUCCUCUUGCUCAGUUGUGCACCGGGGCCUACCACUCCUCUUUCUAUUCUGGUUAGAGCCAGUUUGUGCUGUUCUGUGAAGGGAGUAGUACACAGCGUUGUACGAGAUCUUCAGUUUCUUGGCAAUUUCUCGCAUGGAAUAGCCUUCAUUUCUCAGAACAAGAAUAGACUGACGAGUUUCAGAAGAAAGUUAUUUGUUUCUGGCCAUUUUGAGCCUGUAAUCGAGCCCACAAUUGCUGAUGCUCCACAUACUCAACUAGUCUCAAGAAGGCCAGUUUUAUUACUUCUUUAAUCAGCACAACAGUUUUCAGAUGUGCUAACAUAAUUGCAAAAGGGUUUUCGAAUGAUCAAUUAGCCUUUUAAAAUGAAAAACUUGGAUUAGCAAACACAACGUGCCAUUGGAACACAGGACUGAUAGUUGCUGAUAAUGGGCCUCUGUACGCCUAAUUAAAUAUUCCAUAAAAAAUCAGCAGUUUCCAGCUACAAUAGCCAUUUACAACAUUAACAAUGUCUACACUGUAUUUCUGAUCAAUUUGAUGUUAUUUUCUUUAAAAAACAAGGACAUUUCUAAGUCACCCCAAACUUUUGAACGGUAGUGUAGGAACAUAUGCGAGUAAAAUGGUCGCACUGUAGAGCCCUGUUCUGCAUGGAAGUGUGGGCCAAAAUUCCUCCACAGUGAUGUGAGAGACUGAUCAACUACUUCAGGAAGCGUUUGGUCUCAGUCAUUGCAGCUACAGAUGUUGGAUCUUAACUUCAUCAAUCUUUUGUCGCAGAGAAUUUUCUUGCUGCAUCAAGAAAUUCAAAUGAGCCUUGUGAGUCCCUAAAAAUAGCAGUUAUUUUACUCUCCAUGCGGGGGCAGUCGAGUCAUUGGGAUCAGGGCUUGCUAUCCAAAUUAUUUUGUAUUUCGCUCGCUCGCUCAAAUGCUAGGCUUAGGUCCUAUUACUGCAACAUUCAAAUGUACAAAAAUGUAUCUGAAAUGCAGCCAUACACAUCCACAACCGUUGUUUUAUAUAGCUUAAUAACACAAUAUAGAUAUUGGUCUCCACUGGGCUACGAUGUACAAGUGUCAAGUGUAUUGUAAGGUCAAAAUUAAGUUCAAUUGUGACCUGGGGUGGUCUAGCGGUUAGGGCCGCUGCCUUUAGCGUGGCUGUGCACAAAUAGGCCUACCCUGUUGGCGUGGGUUCGAUUAUUCAAUCACCCCGAUUAACUAGGUUUAUUUCAAAUAUGGACAGAAAUGACCAUGCUUGGCACUUUUGGCUACACCAACAUUAGUGUCUGGUAUAUUGCUACAGAAAUACUUUAUUUCUAUUUUAUGGAAUGCUUGUCAAAUAGAUAAAUCUCCCUUAGUCUGUUCAAAAAGUUGUUGCGAUUAAAAUACCAACCAGAGUGCAAACAUAUUUUGCAAGAAUUUGGUUGGAAGCAGAACUAAGGGUAACACCGACAUAAUCUUUUAGGGAGCGGUAAUGAGCUUGCAAUUGAGAUCAGCUGUACAGUUGAUUUUAGCGCGUAUUGAUGGUUUAACGAGACAUCAGCUGGUGAUAAUCUAGUGCCAUCGAUAGCUGCAAUAGAUCCCUUGUUAUUUGAUUAUAUUCUAAUCGGCUACAUUCUGUAGGCUACCCGUUAGCCUAUCCAAUGUCACAUAAUGAAAGGUGUGAAAACCCAUAAUAGGCUACUGUGUUUCCAUGGCUGAGUUGAUGAGCUCAUUUGGGCCAUCAGUUGAUUGACAGAUGUUCGUCCACAUUUGAUAGUUAGGCUACAUUAUGUCAAUAUAGUUCUGGUCUUUGGUGUGAUUGAAAACCUGUAUAGUUUGUCUUUAAUAUUUCAUUUCAUAAAGCUGUCAAGAUGUUUAUGCAUUUGAGCCUAUCCAAAGACGGUUUCGUUGAGCUGUGACACUUUCGUUUGAUGUGUAAAUUCUCAGACUAUUCAUUUUACUUCUUGAAAUAAAUGCAAUUAACUUGUGGGCCUAAUGUAGGCUCAGGCUGGUCACUAUCGCCCAGCACUGGGAGCGAAUUCAUGAGACUCGGAGCCAGAGCGCGCUGCUUAGACCACUGCGCUACAGCAGUUCACAAUGCACUGGCAAGCACUAAGAAUACUAUGAAUACUGAGGAUACAUGGGCGGGUUGUUUUGUAUUAUUUUGGGUAACACUUUACUUGACACCCAUAACCUAUUACAAUAUGGUCAUAACACUGUCAUGGCACAUAUAUUUAGACCUGUUGUGACAUACUGUAUAUUGCGUUAUUUUAUGGCUGGUUAUGACACCUACAUAACAGUGUAAAAACCCACAUAACCUACCACAGUAGUUAUUUUAUGGCUGUUUAUGACCAAUGUUCCCUCUAAGCUGCGCAUGGGCUCGGACUGCCUUGCAGAAGAAAUAUGAGCUGUGCAGAGAAGCACGAAAUUGAACUUUACUAAACUUUCUACAGUUUUCCCUUUAGUUAACACUAUCGACAUUUCACUCUACUGUGGGAAUUGUGAUCAAAUCAACACAAUAUUAGCCACUUUCAAUGUAAUAUACAGAAACAAAACGAACAAGAUUGCAAGAUUUAGUAUACAAAACUAACUGUGCAAGAGAUUUUCUUGUAGGCAGAGCGCAUUGGAGUGGGAUUCUAUUGCAUUGACAGGCACCACUAGACUCAGGCCUAUACUCUACACAGACCUACACAGACCUGUGCGCCAUAACCAAUCAGAGCUGCAGUAGGCCUAUAUGCAAAUAGCCUUUGCCAUAUAUGGAUCUGUGCCAUUAAUUUUGAACUGGACUGUGUUUAGGCGACAGUGGUCACGAGUAGAUAUGCUUGUUUUGAGAUCAAAGUGAGAGCUGCAUGUAGCCACGUGUGCACAUUUAGCCCAGUUAUAGCUAAUUUCUAGACAAUGGGGGAGUGUUUGCUUCCAACAAGAGCACAAAAUGUGUGCAUUUCUAGCCAUCUUUGAAAAGCUUUUUUUAUGUCUUAAGGGCAAGUGUUGUAUUUUGAGACGUCUUGAAUAAGCUAAGUAGCCAGUAGGCAGAGCGUAGCAUAAUUUGUCUGAUUCUCUGUAAUAAUGGUAUGGAAAUAAUAAUGAAUUUUAUUUUGCAAAGUGGUUUCUUGCAUCAAACACAACAUUUUCAGUCACCUCCUUGUCUGAAAGACAAGUGGAUAAAACAGGUUAAUGUCAAGCCCUGCAUGAUUAUUUUCAAAAGUCUCAUGGAAUGUAGGCAUUGAACACCACACAUUGGCUGCUACUGUAGGCUGAAUGAUAGAACAGCUAUUUCCAUGUUAAAAUGUUAUGGAAUGCGUUUUUCUCCAUUGUUUUUGAUGGUAUUUCUAUGUUAAAAUGUUAUGGAAUUUGUUUUUGAUGAUCGAAUAGCCACAGUAGUCUACUUGGCCACUGUUAAAACUGUAACUUAAAGAGGGUACAGCCUCAAAGUUCACAGUAAAUGCAUGCUGGAAAUUGCACAGAAUAUUCACAAAGUUCAAGUUUGCACUCAUUGGUUAUGACACUUACAUAACAGUGUCAAAAUCCACAAAACCUACCACACAAGGCAAAACAUUCCAUUACACCAAAGCCUACGUGUCAACAGUAUGUUUAUGUUAUAUCGUGUUUUUUUAUUUAUUGACCAUAUUCAAUUGUCAUUGUAAUUGCGCACACAUUGAUGUCAGACAUGCACCUACCCCAAUGCUCUGUUGCUGAUGACUGGGAUGAAUGCAGGAGCAGAUUUCAGGAGCAGGACAAGACACCCUCUUUUUGACUGAUGGCUGAAUUAAGGGCCUGUACGUGAUAGGCCUAUCAGGCUUAUAUGAUUAUGAUGGUCAUAAUGCUUCUUGAUGGUGUCAUAAAGUGUAUUUUCGACAAGUUAUUUAAAAUAUGAUGAAAAAAACAUGACUGUAAAGAAUUCAUUACAACAACAUCAACAAACGAUUUAAGAAACAAACUUUCAAACAAAAGGAAACUUCUUAGCAGGGAAAAAACUCAUUUGAAUAAAUGUGGGUUUUGACACUUUUAUGUAGGUGUCUUAACCAACCAUAAAAUAACGCAAUGUAUGUCACAACAGGUGUAAAUAUAUGGGUCAUGACAGUGUUAUGACCAUAUUAUGACAGGUUAUGACAAGUAAUGUCAGCUGUUAUGACAUAUCAUGACAUGUUAUGACACUGGCUGUCAAGUAAAGUGUUGCCUUAUUUGGUAUAAUAAGAAAUUAUUUUUAAAAAAAAUAUUCCUAUUGCUUCCCUUCAACAUACAGUACCAGUCAAAGGUUUGGACACACCGGGUUUUUCUUUAUUUUGAUUAUUUUCUACAUUGUAGAAUAAUAGUGAAGACAUUAUUAAAUAACACAUAUGGAAUCAUGAGGUAAAUUAAAAAGUGUUAAACAAAUCCAAAUAUAUUUUAUAUUUGAGAUUCUUCAAAGUAGCCAUCCAUUGCCUUGAUGGCAGCUUUGCACACUCUUGGCAUUCUCUCAACCAGCUUCGCCUGGAAUGCUUUUCAAACAGUCUUGAAGGAUUUCCCACAUAUGCUGAGCUUUUCCUUCACUCUGCGGUCCAACUCAUCCCAAACCAUCUCAAUUGGGUUGAGGUCGGGUGAUUGUGGAGGCCAGGUCAUCUGAUGCAGCACUCCAUCACUCUCCUUCUUGGUAAAAUAGCCCUUACACAGCCUGGAGAUGUGUUGGGUCAUUGUCCUGUUGAAAAACAAAUGAUAGUAUCAGUAAGCGCAUACCAGAUGGGAUGGCGUAUCGCUGCAGAAUGCUGUGGUAGCCAUGCUGGUUAAGUAUGCCUUGAAUUCUAAAUAAAUAAUCGACAGUGUCACCAGCAAAGCACCCCCACACCAUCACACCUCCUCCUCCAUGCUUCAUGGUGGGAACCACACAUGCGGAGAUCAUCCGUUCACCUACUCUGCGUCUCACAAAGACACAGGGGUUGGAACCAGAAAUCUCAAAUUUGGACUCAUCAGACCAAAGGACAGAUUUCCACCGGUCUAAUGUCCAUUGCUUGUGUUUCUUGGCCCAAGAAGUCUCUUCUUUUUAUUGGUGUCCUUUAGUAGUGCUUUCUUUGCAGCAAUUCGACCGUGAAGGCCUGAUUCACACAGUCCUCUCUGAACAAUUGGUGUUGAGAUGUGUCUGUUACUUGAACUCUGUGAAGCAUUUAUUUGGGCUGCAAUUUCUGAGGCUGUUAACUCUAAUGAACUUAUCCUCUGCAGCAGAGGUAACUCUGGGUCUUCCUUUCCUGUGGCGGUCCUCAUGAGAGCCAGUUUCAUCAUAGCGCUUGAUGGUUUUUGCAACUGCACUUGAAGAAACUUUCAAAGUUCUUGAAAUGUUCCGGAUUUACUGACCUUCAUGUCUUAAAGUAAUGAUGGGCUGUCGUUUCUCUUUGCUUAUUUGAGUUUUUCUUGCCAUAAUAUGGACUUGGUCUUUUACCAAAUAGGGCUAUCUUCUGUAUACCAACCAUACCUUGUCACAACACAUCUGAUUGGCUCAAAUGCAUUAAGAAGGAAAUAAAUUCCACAUAUUAACUUUUAACAAGGCACACCUGUUAAUUGAAAUGCAUUCCAGAGGACUACCUCAUGAAGCUGGUUGAGAGAAUGCCAAGAGUGUGCAAAGCUGUCAUCAAGGCAAAGGGUGGCUAUUUGAAGAAUCUGUUUAACACUUAUUUGGUUACUACAUGAUUCCAUAUGUGUUAUUUCAUUGUUUUGAUGUCUUCACUAUUAUUCUACAAUGUAGAAAAUAGUAAAUAUAAAGAAAAACCCUUGAAAACACCUUUUCCAGUUGCCCCCUGGCGGCGAUUCAAAAUAUUUGUUCAGAUAUUCAAAUCCUCCUGCUGUAGCAUUAUUUUCCCGCUGCGACGAAAGAUGGCACAACCAGUUAUUGAGUAUAAGGGGGCAAUUACUUUUUCACACGGCGGCAUUGGGUGUUGAAUAACUUUGUUUAUUAAAUAAAUGAAAGAAGUAUCAAGAUGUUGUGUUAUUUGUUCACUCAGGUUCCCUUUAUCUAAUAUUAGGUUUUGGUUGAAGAUCUGAUAACGUUCAGUGUCCAAAAUGUGCAAAAAUAGAGAAAAUCAGAAAGGGGGCUAAUCUUUUUUCACAGAAUUGUAUGGUAUGGAAGGAGAGUGAUUAGGUUGGGCUGUCUCGUCUGUUGAGUGUCUCGUCGAGUGUCUUGGUGCUGUAUGGCGUCGACUCGAUGGCCCUCGCACUCAUCUGUCUCACUCUCAUUUUCUUUUGCUUCCGCAGACGUGCUGAAUGAUGCCAUCUUCGACGAGGACCACGAUGAGAUGGUGAUCGUGAAGGACAUCGACAUGUUCUCCAUGUGCGAGCACCACCUGGUGCCCAUCUUUGGCAGGGUAAGAUCACACACACACACACACACACACACACACACACACACACACACAUACACACAUACACACACACACCCCUAUGCCCCUAUCUGUACCCCAGACCCACACCAGUCCAAAGGUGUACAAUUUAAUCACCAGUUAUGGAGAAUCUCUUCUAGUUUGGCUUCCUCACACGUAA